GGGGGAGGGGCUUGUGCCACGAGGAAUGGCGGCCAGGGCGGAAGCGGAGUCCGAAGCCGGUGCCGCUGCUGAGUCUCCGGCCGCCUUGUCUCAGGGGGCGGCGCUGGUGGAGUCCAACUUCCAGCUGGCUCCGUCUGCGCGGAAGGCUCGGCCUUCGGACUUGGUGGCUCUAGCAGAGCAGGUGCAGAAGGCCGAUGAUUUCACCCGAGCAAAUGCCUGCAACAGACUGACCGUCAUAGCAGAACAAAUCCGGUACUUGCAGGAACAAGCCAGAAAGGUUUUGGAAGAGGCGAACAGAGAUGCUGAUCUGCACCACGUUGCCUGCAACUUUGUGAAAAAGCCGGGCAAUGUCUACUACCUGUACAGGCGGGAGAGUGGCCAGCGCUACUUCUCCAUGCUUUCACCUAAGGAAUGGGGGGCCAGCUGCCCAAGCGAGUUCCUUGGUGCCUACAAACUGCAGCACGACAUGUCCUGGACUCCUUCGGAUGACAUCGAGAAGCGUGACGCUGAGCUCAACGUUCUCGAGAAGCUGCUAAACCAGCAAGCGGCGCUACCCCCCUGCAGCGAGCCCAACUUCCGAGGCCUUACUAUGUAAUGGUGGGCCUAGACCAACUCCUCCUCCCAACUCGGUGCCUUCCACAGACCUUGGACCACAACUCCCAUCAGUUCCAGUGUAGUUAUUGUUUUUUUGGACUACAACUCCCAUCAGCCAGUUCUACUUUCUGGUGCUGAUGGAAGUUGUAGUCCAAUAUAUCUGCAGGGCCCCAGGUUAAAGCUGUAGCUGCAUACCAGGUCAAUCUUACUGCUGAACAAGGAGGCUCCACCCCAAUAUCAUCAUGACUAAUUAAAACAAAACCAAAAAACCACACAAGAAUUAUCCUGCCAUAUCAGGGAUGGACAGAAGACAGUUCAGGAUCUGCUGGGAGAUCUGCAAUAGAUCAAGAGGUUCUGACUCCUUAAUUUAUUUACGGUGCAUCCAAAUAAGCUAUCCUCUGAACAGAUCUGAUGAAAUUAAUAGUAAAUCUAUUGAAAAUAAUAUGCCAGUAUUAUCAAGAGAACUCUUGGGUUGUAUCCAACUAAAUCCUAUUCAGAGCUAUGUUCAUCUUCUUCCGUGGGUCUGCUCUGACUAGGACUAGCAUUGACUACAACUCUAUGACUCCACGGUCUUAUUCCUAGUCAGUUGUUUCUAGCUUGGACUUUGUCAGGGUCUGACUUUAGAGGCGAUGAUCUGAACUGGAGGGCAAUCUUGCAGCGCAGGGUUAAAACAGGGGAAUUCAUUCCCAUGGGAGGCAGCGAUGGUCACAACUUGGAUGGCUUUAAAAGAGGAUUGGACAAAUUCAUGCAGGGAGAAGGCUAUUGGUCGCAACUACCUAUGAUUGCUAUGCUCUGCUGCCGCAGUUGGAAGCAGCAAUACUAGUUGCUGGAAACCGCAGGAGAGGAGAGUGCACCUAUUCUUGAUUCUAGAAUCUGGGUGGUAACUGUGGGGACAGGACGCUGGACUAGCUGGGCCAUUGGCAAGGCUGUUAGCUCUAUACAUAAGGCUGCUGUAGCGAAUGAUUCCUCCUACAGAACAUUUGGCUGUUGCUCAAAGAGAGAACACAAUUAUGUUGUUCUUUUUGAACUAAGAAGUUCAAACUGUGAUGAUGCCUGGCGUUUUUUCCUCAAUUAAAAACAAAUGCUUGCAAAA